CUGAGACAAGCACACCAGACACCAGGAUGUAUUCAGAGCUUGAGUGCGGAAUUUGUUACCGGACCUAUAACGCAGGUCGGAGGUGUCCCCGGGAGCUCCACUGCAAACACAGCUUCUGUGAGAGCUGCCUGCUGGCCCUUUCACGACCCCACGGACCCGAGGAGGCGCGUCUGGAAGCCGACAGACUCAUCAUCUGCCCACUGUGCCGACACACCACCUCCAUCCCCGGCGAGGGGAAGAUGAAAGCGGAGCUCAGGGUGGACGAGUCCAUCCUGGAGCUGCUGCUGACCGCGGGGAUCGUCGAGAAAGAGGAAGAAGACCCAGAGGAAGAGGAGGAGGGUCAAGUUCAAGGUGGUGGUGACGACGGAGAGGGGGCGACGCUUCCCGAAACUGACGCCGAGGACAGCGACUCGUCCGCGGGCUCUGGCGAAGGGAGGCUCCGGCGGUCUUGGAGGAAAGUUUGGCGGAAGAUUAGCGGGAAAAAACCACGGCAAAGCAGAGAAAACUGCAUGACCAGUGAUGACAUCAGGAACCUCGCCAUGAUGUCCUGCUACAUGUUUUAAAGAGUCCGUAACUUCAGAUACUCUGGAUAAUGUGAUACUGUAUUUAUUUCAAUGCUUGGCAGCAUAUGGACUGGUGACAAUGAUACCUUGCUGGCAAGAUAUACAAACAAAAUGAUUUCAGUCAACUUUCUGAUUUUCUGAAAGCAAUGAUAUAUUGCACCCAAAUAAGAAAAAAUGGGAAGUUCAUGAGUCGCCUAAGUGGCCUACUGUAGGCCCACUAAUGUACUUACGUAUGUGAUAUUUAUUUGUUUCACAAGUGUAUUUAUUUUUGAUGUAUUUUUUU